UCACUCGUCUAAAUUGCUAUUAUUUAUUUCCUGAAAUUCAUUUUUACGGUGUUGAUCCUUACCAAAACUUUAAAAGACUGGCUGGAUGAUGGAGGAGCCUCAGGUUGUUGUGGUUGGAUCUUGCAACAUUGACCUCAUCUGCUACACCACUCGACUGCCCAAACCCGGUGAGACGCUUCAUGGCACAAAGUUUGAGAAGGGGUACGGUGGUAAGGGGGCCAACCAGUGUGUGAUGGCAGCCAGGCUGGGAGCUCGCUGUGCAAUGGUGGCCAAGCUUGGAGACGAUGACUUUGGACACGGAACAGUGGAGAACUUCCGUACAAACAACGUGAAUGUGGAUCAUGUGAUGCUUACUAAAGAAGCCUCCUCUGGAGUGGCAGCUAUCACUGUCAACGAGGAAGGAGAGAACUGCAUUGUGAUAGUGAGUGGAGCUAACAUGCUCUUGUGCCCUGGGGAUGUAACCAAGGCUGAUAGUCUCAUUGCUCUAGCAACAGUGGUCGUAUGCCAGCUGGAGGUCAACCCUCACACCACACUUACAGCACUCAAACUGGCAAAGAAACACGGUGUGACCACCAUAUUUAACACUGCCCCUGGACUCAGUGGACUGACUGAGGACUACUAUAAACACACAGACAUUCUGUGUCUAAAUGAGAGCGAAGCAGAGACAAUCCUUGACGUCCCUGUACCAGACCUGAGCGCUGGUGAAGCUGCCAUGGAACGACUCCAAGCCCUCGGCUGUGGCUGUGUAGUACUGACCAUGGGAGAGAGGGGGGUGCUCUACACACAGUGCCAGCAGGGGGUGUGGUCAAGGGUGGAGCAUAUAGAAGCCCACCGUGUGGAGGCCAUCGACACUACUGGUGCUGGAGAUGCGUUUGUGGGUGCGCUGGCCUACUACCUUGCUUGUUUGCCAGAGUUGAGUCUCGGUGAAAUGUUGAGGAGAGCAGGAGUUAUAGCCAGUCACACAGUCACGGCCAGGGGCACUCAAUCCAGCUACCAUGUCAACACAUUGCCUAGGGAACUAAUGCUGCCUUAAAACAGUCUAUGUAACUGUGUCUAGAUAUCCGUUUACUAGUGUGUGCGCUUCGUAUUUGUUCACUGUAUACUUGGUUUUUGUGUGGGUACUAAUAUUGCAUUAAUUUAAACUUGCUUCUUUGUGUACAGGUUGACUAGUCUGACCACAAAGCUUUUAUGUUCCCAUG